CUAGCCCACUGUGGAUUCAUUGAGCUGUGUGGUGUUGUUUUUGUUGUUCAUUCGGACCCUAGAAUCGGGAUAAUUCUCUGGAAACCCUCAAUUUUUCCUUCCAUCUGGAAUGUCGCUCCCUUCAACAUGAAUAGCAAAGUGGAUGUCCUGUGGAUGCCUACUUCACUUGCACUGCUGUUGCAGUUCAUUUUCACAAGUGGGAAACUAAGUGGUGAUAACAUUUGUUUAACAGAAGAAAUAUAUUUGGUAAAUGUCACAGAAUAUUAUUUGAGGAAUGUCACGGUAAGGAAUUACCAGUGGUGUUACAAUGUUCCACCUCGAUGUUCCUUCUACACAACUAGAAACAUAAACGAUACACGAAUUGUAGAAAGGAAUCAAACACGAACGAAUGAAAACUGUUGUCCAGGAUAUACUCAAAUUGAUGAUAAAUGUAUCAGCAGUAAAUGUUUAAGAUGCGAAAACGGAGUUUGUGAAGAUGGAGCAUGUAUUUGUUCAUCUGGCUUCAAAGGAACCACAUGUAAAGUAGCAUGCGAUAUUGGAGAAUGGGGGCCAAGCUGUUUAGAAAAAUGUGACUGCAACCUUACUUGCGAUUCCUUAAAUGGUUGCAUAGAAGACAGAAAGAAGAGCGAUCAUUCAGCUCCAGAAUCUGAAGAUAUACUCAGCAUUACCACUGUCACACCAAAUGAAACCAUUCCUUCACAUUCUGGAACAGCUGGGGUAGCUGAAGAAACUGAAGAAUUUGUUGAAACAUCUUCAGAACCAUUCAGAGAAACAAGUACUGAUUCUAGUAGUGGUCCAAAUAUGGAACCAAUCAGAGAAAAAUUGCAAGAACCUGAGAGAAUUUUGGACAGACAUCUAUCAGAAGAAGUGGAAGAGAUCCAUAGCAAAUUCGAAGAAGGAUAUGACAUACCCGUGGAAAUCAUGUUUGAAGAUCAAGUGCAGCAUGAUUCUUCCUUGAAGACCACUACGGAUCAAACCACUCAAGAAACCUUCACUUUUGUGUUUCGUGUUGAGACACCCUACCACUACAACGCCAAUCGAAGCUUGUUGAACACUUAUUUGAAAUUGGUGAUUCCAAUUUUCGCUUUAUUGGUUUUGGUAGCCUUGAUACUAGGGAUCUACUAUGUUUCAAGGAUGGGCGAUAGGAAGUUGAUGCGGAACAAGGGAAAUAAGGCUCCAGCGGUCAGAAUGAGAAGUAUUUUGGAUGAUCCCCUGCCAGAUCCUCCUACACAUGAGACUGAGAAUACGAAGUAUCUAACUUCGUGUGAAUAUAGAACUGCAAAAACGAUAGGAGCGCCAACGUUUGAAACACGUAUAAUCUGCAAUAUGGAACAAAAACCAUCAGAUAGACCAGCAAGUGACUGUCGGGAGUUUAUCUACGAUCAUCCACGUUCUUCAAGUCAUAGAGCAAGUUCGCCAACAGAUGUCACCAAAAUCCCUGCCACUUCUCGUUCGGAACCAGUCUAUGAUGAGAUUAUUAUCGAAAAUCCAUUUUUGUAUAUACACUGAAGCAAAAUUAUCUGCAACAAUGAUUAUGUGAUGUAUUCAUUAUUAAAAUUGUAUAUUC